AUGGACUCCCUCAUUCACUAUUUAGAAACGUCUUCUCCGGAGGAUAUCAUCAAAUCAGAUGUCUUCUUAUCUGCCUUCCGCCACUUCUUCUAUCGAGCAAGAGGGGAACAGCGUCGCCAGCUUGUGCAAUUGCUGUCUCAAGAUCAACCUCAGUCUCCACCUCAGUCCGACCUCAAGAUUCAUUUUGAGUAUCCAUCCACGAGUCUACCAACUCCACCAACUCCCUUCAGUCCACCUCACAGUCCACCUCAUUCCCAGCCCGCUUCUCCACAGCAUGGGACCGAGAUCCCAACUCCUACCUCUUCAUUGUCACCCGAGGAGUACUUCAAAUCCAAAAAGUUUGAAGCUUUAUCUCCAAAAAGAGUAAACAGCCUAAUUAAGGCCGCAAAGAAACUGAAAGAUGCCGACAAAACCUCAAUCGCGGACUUCGAUAACCUUUGGUCGAGUAGCGAACAAGUUCCCCAACCUCCAAGCGACAGUGUUUUCUCGCGAGUCGACAGUAUGUUCAACACUUCUCUGAACAUUCAGGAACAACAUGCCGUUCUAGACUGUGCCAGUCGCUUCAUCAGCCUUUUCAUACGACACGAGGUGGAUGUGCUGACCUUGAACGGAAGCUUGAAGUUGCAUGCUGCGUUUGAUCGGAUUGCAAAGGAAACUCAGUGGACAUCCAAGCAAUUCAAGAGAGCAUACUAUGAAGCGAAGAACUUUGUUAGUAUUCUUGAGUUGGAUGGUCCUGGUUAUCUGCUUCGGAUAGGGUCUGACGUAAACUGGCUCUGGAAGAAGUUCUGCAACAAAGAUGUCGAGCACCUCCGUCAAUUCCGCGAAGCCCAGUGUACCUUUCCGAAGGCUGACGACCAGUUCCACGCCGCCUCGCUCUGCAUCCAAGGGUUAAUUGCACACGGAUGGACAUCUGCUAAUCUUGCGAAGAGUGAUAGCAAUCUGAUGCGUUCCCUAGGCCUGUACGUUGACCUUGAACAGCUCUCAGAAGGGAAUAUAGUACAGAGGGAGGAUCCUGGCCCCCGGGGAAAGAGAAGCGCUGACAUCAAUGAUGAUGGACCGAAUAAACGCCAGCGCCGGAAUGUUAGCACAGUCGAUCUGAACGAGGCACCAACGGGCCAGGUGGAGUCACCAGACCGCGUCUACCAUGAUAUUCAGCCUCAACACCAGAGCGCGGUCGGAGACGGAGAUGGGAGUCUUUCACAGAACGACAACACCCGGUCGAGACGGGUUGCAUGCAGAGUGUUCCAGCUUGGUUGUUAUGUCGGCAUCGACGCAUCGAAGUAG